AUGGCAACCAAACAACAACAAUCGUCUCCGACGCCUACACGGCCGAAGAGCACAAAUGGAAUUAUUAAUGGGAGUAAAGCUGGUAUGGGAGAUGAAAGGAUAGUUGUAAUUGUUUUUGGGCAAGGUCAAGAUAGAAUUGUUCCUGUUUUCGCGGAUGUACUCGGGAAACCGCAUAGGAUGGCCACCAGCUUUUCGGAUGUUGGAGAAAAAGAUCAUGGAACUGUUAUAGGAAUAGCAGCAAGUGACGCAAAGGGUGAUAUUGAAUCCCGAAAUCGUUCAUUAAUCGUCGCCAUUAAUGCUCAUUGUGUGGCUUUGGGGAUGCCACCAGAUUUAAAUUUAUCGGCUUCAACAGAUUAUGAAUUUCUUUACACAGAGACACCAUUUUUCCGAAGAGAUCUUUCACGAUUUAUCGCAUUCAUUUUGGGUCAGAUAAGUCAUCAUGAAGCACUCAUCAAGAAACCAAGGACUUAUUUCAUAUCUACCACGUUCCCAGAUGUUCGGACAGCAUUAUCUAAUUUAGAUAUCCUUUCAGUUGGAGCAGAUGCAGUAGAAAUUCGCGUCGAUUUGCUAAAGGAAGGUCUAACUGAUGGAACGUUCAAUUCUGUACCAAGCUUGAGUUACGUUGGGGAACAAGUUAUGCUACUGAGGCAGCGUACAGAAUUACCCAUAAUUUUUACGACCAGAUGUACGAGGGAAAAUGGUCGAUUCCCCAUGGACAAUCCAGAACUCUAUUACGAAUACCUCUACCGAGCGAUACAGUGGGGAUGCGAAUAUAUUGAUGUUGAGGUUUGGUUACCAGAGGACAUUAGAAAAAGAUUGUUUGAGCAAAGAGGAAAUAGUAGGAUCAUUUCGGCAUUUCAUGACUUCUCUGGAACAUUCAAGUGGCCAUCGCUUCAGGCUCAAAACAUCUUCCAAGAGAGCCGAAAAUAUGGAGAUAUUGUCAAGAUGAUUACCAUUAUUAAUUCUAUGUCUGAGAAUUAUGAACUCGAGUACUUUCGUUCUCAAAUCAAAGCCAACAACCCUGAUGGACCACCAUUAUCUGCCGUCAACAUGGGACAACUCGGACAAUUGUCUCGUGCUCUCAAUACAGUCUUUUCACCUAUCACUCAUCCUUUGCUCCCUAUCGUCGCGGCUCCAGGUCAAAUGAGUGCCGCGGAGAUUAAUGGUGCCCUAGCAACCAUGGGUCAACUGCCAAAGAAAAACAUUUACGCCAUCGGGACCUUCCGCACCACUCCUCAAGCAACCUUCUUCGAGAAAUGUUUCAAUGAAUUAGGGUUACCACAUAAUUUCGCAUCAUUAGACCGAGGUGUCAAAGGAUCCGUCGAAGCUUUCUGUUUACAGCCCAAUUUUGGUGGCGCAUAUAUCAAUCCACCUCUUCCAUCUUCACAACCAUACAUACCUAUGCUCACUGAUGCAGCGCGUACUAUUGGUGCUGUUGAUACUAUUGUUGUAAGAGGUGAAGGACCAUCUUCAACUUUCAUAGGGGAUAAUGCGACAUGGAAAGGUAUUCGUGCAACUCUUACACGUGAUUUCGCACCUUCGGCAUAUAAAGAUAGAGCUGCUAUUAUUUUAUCGAGUAACGGGGAAGAUGCCGCAUCGGUAAUAUUUGCCCUUCGGAGCCUUAAUAUUGGAAAAAUCUAUACAAUUGGGUUUAAGGCACAUGGACCUUUGGCGGCGGGUGUCGAGUCUUUCACUUCAAUGGAAAGUGUUACGAAGUCUGACAUUCCAUUUGCGAUAAUCUCAGCUUUACCACCCGAGAAGACUCAUUUGGUACAACCUCUUCUCAGAUACUUUAAUGGAAGAGAUUCUCGCGGGCAAGGAAAAGUAUUCGUUGAUCUUGCUCAUGGACCAAGGAAAGGAGAUCCAUUGGCUGUCGCAGAAGGGUGUGGAUGGACAGCUUAUGGAGUUGCUGAUACGAGUGCCUUUACAACAGUAGAGACGCUGAGAUUAUUGGUCGGACAAAAUGUCCCAUAUAGUUUUGUUAGGUUAGCAAGUGGGAGAGGUUUAUACUGA